CCUGGUGACUGAGAUGACAUCCUCUCUAAAGAUUUGGGGCAUACUCUUGGCCCUGCUUUGCAUCCUUUGCAGGCUGUGUGUAUACAGUAACAACAUUUACUGGAGAGAAUUCAUAAAACUUCAUUACUUAAGUCCAAGUCGAGAAUUCAAAGAGUACAAAUGUGAUGUCCUCAUGAGAGAAAAAGAGGCUCUGAAAGGCAAGAGCUUUCAUAUGUUCAUCUAUAGCUUAUGGUUCAAAAUUCAGCGUGCAUGCAUCAAUGAGAAGGGGAGCGACUGAUAUAGAAAUGCAUAUGUAUGGGCCCCAGGUGCCCUCAAAGUACUCGAGUGUCACUGGGAGAAGUACAACAAAAGGUACACAGAGAGCAGAAGCUUCAGCUACAUUGAAUUCCAUUGUGGCAUAGAUGGAUAUGUUGAUAACAUAGAAGACCUGAGGAUUAUAGAACCUAUCAGCAACUAGAAAGUCUAUGCACAUCCUCAGAUAUUGGUAGAGUAUUCAGUGCUUCCAAAGUGGUGGGCCCU